CCCAACCCUCGAGGUCAUUAAAUAUUGGAAUUCCUUCCAAAAAGUGAUUUUAUAGUCAUCAGUUGACUUGAUGGAAUGAGAAGCAGUCAGACAAAAGUACUACAUAGAGAAGCAUUAAUGUAAACUCCAAGCGUUUUAUCCCCAAAGAUGAAAUUGAAGUGUCGAAAUUUUCGAAGCGCUAUUAUCAAAACACGUACGUUGCCUAAGCCGAAUGUAGCGUGUUCUCUGGUUUACUCACUUUACUGUUUAAAUAAAUGCUUUUUCUAAGAUUUUCUUUCGAAUGAAUUCUGUUAUCACUAUUAGUUCUCUGGGGAUAAAUUGUAUUUAACACAUUAUGGAUGGAAACACCAGUAGUCUCUCCAUCCUAUCAGAUAAAUAUGCUUUCUUAAAUCCGACUGAGGAUCAAUUUGUGCACUUAAAAACCUGUCUAGAAACAGAAUUAGAAAAUGGUCAGGGUGAAUGCUUUUUAGAAUUGGGUGUUGGAGAUGCACAAUGUCCUGGUCUUACUCCACAAGAAAUGGAUCAAUGCGUAUGUACAGCUGAUCGACUUGCUGAAUGUUUAUCCUCUCAUUUAAUCCACUUACGUGAUCGAUGGAUAACAUCUGGAUCUGGAUCUGGAGCAACAGUUUCGACGACAACAACAACUACUACACCAACAAAACCUUCAGCUGUUUCAAAUAAUCAUAACCAUUCUCAAGGUGCUACCUCACCAAGAAGUAAAAUCCAGAAUGAUGUAAAUAUGAAUGAUGAUGAUGAUGGGAAUGUUGCUGAAAAUCGUCGGUUAAAAAAAGAUAAAGAAGAAAAUAGUACAAAGUCGAGGCAUAUUGCGUCUAGUCAACAACAGUCAUCAAGUGAAGAGGUGAAUACCACUGCUGCGUCUUCUGCGUCUGUUAGCAGUACUAAUACCGCAACAACAGGUGGUGGUUGUCUAGUUAAAGAAUAUCUUUUGAGGAAGAGAACUGCUUCAGAUGACUUUGUAGAUGUUCGUGUGGCAGUUGUAGGGAAUGUUGAUGCUGGGAAAUCUACACUACUUGGCGUGUUGACACAUGGUGAAUUGGAUAAUGGUCGUGGUUUGGCACGUUUACGUCUACUGCGGCAUAAACAUGAAGCUGAAACUGGACGUACUAGUUCAGUGGCACAUGAUAUACUUGGUUUUAAUUCUAUUGGUCAAGUGGUUAAUAAACCAAUGCAUGGUCAUUUAAAUUGGUCGGAGAUAUGCGAAGCUUCAGCUAAAGUGAUCACAUUCAUUGAUCUAGCUGGUCAUGAACGAUACCUGAAGACAACUAUCUUCGGUAUGACUGGACAUGCUCCUGAUUAUGUUAUGUUUAUGGUUGGUGCAAAUGCAGGUGUCAUUGGUAUGGCUAAAGAACACUUGGGUUUAGCAUUGGCGCUUUGUGUACCAGUAUUUGUUGUUGUCACAAAAAUUGACAUGUGUCCACCGAAUGUACUACACGAGACAAUGAAUUUAUUAUUUCGUAUAUUAAAGUCACCUGGUUGUAGAAAGAUACCAGCGUUGAUAUCUUCAACUGAUGAUGUGAUCUGUUGUGCAACAAAUUUCACCUCAGAACGUAUGUGUCCAAUAUUCCCUGUUUCAAAUGUCAAUGGAACGAAUUUAGACCUAUUGAAAUUAUUUCUCAAUCUCUUACCAUCACGUUCUGAGCCAAGAUUGAAUGAACCAGCACACUUUCAAGUUGAUGAAAUAUUUUCAGUUCAAGGUGUUGGUACAGUAAUAUCUGGCACUUGUCUGUCUGGUGUUAUACGCUUAAAUGACACACUAUUACUUGGUCCAGAUUUAUCCGGUCAAUUCAAUCCUGUAUCAAUUAAAAGUAUUCAACGGAAACGUUUAUCAGUGAAUUAUGUUCGUGGUGGUCAGACGGCGUCGUUUGCUUUGAAGAAGUUACGACGUAAUCAAGUCAGAAAGGGUAUGGUGUUAUUGGCUCCAGAAUUGAAACCGAAAGCGUGUAUUGAAUUCAUUGCUGAAGUAUUGAUAUUACAUCAUCCCACGACUAUAUCUGUUGGUUAUCAAGCUAUGGUACACGCUGGUCCUGUACGUCAAACAGCUACUAUCUUAAAACUGAAUACACAUGAACGCCUACGUACUGGAGAUAAAGAUAUGGUUGUUUUUCGAUUUAUCAAAUGUCCAGAAUUCCUAUACACAGGUUUACGCUUAAUAUUUCGUGAAGGGAAAACAAAAGCUGUGGGUACAGUUAAAGAACUUGUCCCGUAUACAGCUCCAAUUCAACAAAAUCCACGUACACGAAUGUUCCGAAAGUAUCCUUUCAAAGCAACUCAACCAACCGGUACAACAGAGGAUACAAAAAUUCAGUCUACAGGUGUUAGUAGUAGUUGUGCAUCAACUGCUAAAUCCUCAGAACAGACUAAUUCAACUAGUCAUGAUUUUCCUAGUACUCCAAUAUCUGAUCUAUUGAGUAAUAAUAAUAAUACUAACUCGUCUUCGAAUGCUUCAAAACAACGUAAACAUCAUCAUCGUACACGUAAGGAGAUAUCGAAUGAUACAAAUUCAGCUGGCGGCUGUGGUACUGGUACUCAACAAUCCGCCAAAUCAAAUUAGUAGCAGCAGCAGUUAAUUUGGCAGUAGUCGUAGCAGCUCUUCUCUCUCUGCAGUUAUGCAUAUAUUAUAAUGUUCAUCAAUCUUGAAGGAGUAUUCUACACACAAGCCUUUAGUGUUAAACGAUAACUCUUCCACCGCUCGGUUCUUCUUCUUCUUCUCUCUUGUCAUAGCUAAUUGAAGUAGUGAGGUCUUGUAUACUACUAAGCUGAAUAUGUACGUGUGUGUGUGUGUUUGUGCAGCAGGUUUUGGAUAUCCUCCCCAUCCACCCCUCCAACUCCAUUGCAGUUGUUAUAAAUACAUAUAUAUUUGUUUACUUUUUGAAUUAACUACUUAUAAUCAAUUAAAGUAGUUUAUUUUUCUUCAUUUCAAUUGUUGUUGUGUUAAAGUAUUAACUGCUUUCUUCUUGGUUAGUUCAUUUCACUUUACCUUUCAUCAUUUCUGUUGGGCUCUGCUUUAAAAUCAUUGUUAAAAUUACCUGGUUAUAUCACUUAUUAAACAUGUGUAUCUUUAUUUUCUUUUGAUACUCGAAAUUCUGUUUUUGUGUCAUUGUUCUGACUCCUCACAUAACUAACUACUUGGUUUGCUCACAUGUUCUUUGUGUGAGUGUGUGUCUGUUUGUCUGCCGUUCAUAUGAGCAUACACAAUUUUCACAAACAGACUUUUUGUUGUUUCAUCUUUCCCUGCCAAGUUAAUAAUCAUAAGAAUAAUAAUAAUGCCUUAUUGCUGUACCGCGAAAAAGGAAGUUAUAUCUACUGUCACCCCACCCUACCCUUCUGUGUGUAUGUGUGUGUAAUUGUUUGUGUACAUAUGUAAAGAAUUGAAAUAUUCUUGCAUUAUAUACAUAUUUUUUUCUUUUUUGAGAAAAUUAUCUGAGAAAAUAAUAAUAAUAAUAAAAAAAGCUCAGUCACUGUUUCUGUUUUCACACCAAUCCGGUUUCUCCACAGUUUAGCUUUCAAAAACGUGCACAUAUAUACGGAUCCUAGAAUCCUCCACGAUCUGUGAUGACAUAUUUGUUUUGUUUUCCGUCGAAGUACUCCUUCCUUGGGCUUUUAGGUUUUAACUCCUUCUCCUCCUCCUCCUGCUGAGUAGGAGUGAAUUUCUGGAUGCUGUCACUAAGAUUUCGAGUAGUGUGAAAGCCAAUUUCAA